AUGUACAACAACAUGCAUUGUGAUAAAGACCCUCCUCACGCCUCAACCUUGCUUAUUGUACUGCCCAUCGGUUUCAACGUUGCCGUCAACAAGGAAAGGCAUAAACUCACCGACGCAGACGCCAAAUCCUCGUGCACAACCGCCAUCCCGCUCAUUUCUGCAGCUUCAAAGCAUAGUCAGCACCAUAUUGGCAAGAACAAACAGCCAGACACUUACAGGGGUACACGUAACCCAGCACUCGUCGUUGAUAUCGCGCUGGCGUCGUAA